CUCCAGCGCCACUGCAUCCAGCCGCGCUGCAUCCAGCCCCGCCGCCCGGCUUCCUCGCCCCCUCGGGCUUGACUUUUUCCCGCCGCCUUCUUUCGUCCCGCUUUCUGUCUGCCGCCCUGGAUCUUCGCCUCUUCGUCCGGCACCACUUACUGAGCGCCUGCCGGCGGCAGCCCGCAGGACUGGACUGAGCGCCCGGACCGCCGUGCCGGAGGACUGUAUUAGGCGCCCCGUGGACCGCACUGAGCCCCCGGAGGACUACGAAGGGCCCGGAGGACUUUUCUAGGCUCCUGGAGCACUGUCCUAAGCGCCCGGAGGAGUUUAUUAAGCUCCCCGGGGGACCGCACUGAGCGCCCCCGGGACUACGGAGAGCUCCGAGGGCUGCACUAGGCUCCCCGAGGACUGUCCUAAGCGCCCGGAGCACCGUCAUAAACGUCCGGAGCACUGUAUCAAGCCCCCAGGUGGACCGUACUGAGCGCCCGGAGAAGUACUGAGGGCUCGGAGGACUAUACUGGGCUCCCCGAGGACCGUCCCGAGCGCCCCGAGCACCGGAGCGGUGCAAUAGGGUCCGGGAGCACUGUCCUAAGCGCUCGGAGCACCGUAAUAAACGUCCUGAGGACCGUACUAGGGUCUCGGAGCACUGUCCUGAGCUCCCGGAGGACUGUAUUAAGCGCCCGGAGCACUGUCCCAAGCAGCGGCCCGACUGGACUAAGCCGAUUUCGGCCGGGGAGGAAGAAGAGGGGGGUUUGAAGGCAGGACCCAACGCGUGGUCGAGGCCUGACGGGCGGCUUUGGGCUCCUGCCUCGCGCGUGCCUGUGCUCACUGCUCAGUGCUCAGGGUCCAGUGCUCAGUAAUCAGUGCUUAGGGUCCAGUGCGCAGGGCUCAGUAAUCAGUGCUUAGGGUCCAGUGCUCAGGACGCAGUGCUCAGUAACCAGUGUUUAGGGACCAGUGCUCAGGACUCAGUGCUCAGUAAUCAGUGCUUAGGGUCCAGUGCUCAAGGCCCAGUGCUCAUUGCUCAGGGCUCAGUACUCAGUGCUUAGGGUCCAGUACUCUGUGCUCAGUGCUUAGGGGUCAGUGGUCAGGGCUCAGUGCUUAGGGCCUAGUGCUCAGUGCUUAGGGCCCAGUGCUCAGUGCUUAGGGCUCAGUGGUCAGUGCUCAGGGCUCAGUGCUUAGGGCCUAGUGCUCAGUGCUUAGGGCUCAGUGGUCAGUGCUUAGGGCCCAGUACUCUGUGCUCAGUGCUCAGGACUCAGUGCUCAGUGGUCAGGACCCAGUGGUCAGUGCUCAGGACUCCGUGCUCAGGACCCAGUGCUCAGUGGUCCCCGAAGCCCACCGGGACAGCGGGAACAUGAUCGCCUCCCAUCUGCUCGCCUACUUCUUCACCGAGCUCAACCACGACCAAGUGCAGAAGGUGGACCAGUACCUGUACCACAUGCGUCUCUCGGAUGAAAACCUGCAGGAGAUCUCGGAGCGGUUCCGGAAGGAGAUGGAGAAAGGGCUGGCGGCCGACACCCACCCCACCGCCUCCGUCAAGAUGCUGCCCACCUUCGUGCGAUCCACGCCGGAUGGGACAGAGGACGGUGACUUCCUGGCCCUGGACCUGGGAGGCACCAACUUCCGCGUGCUGCGGGUGCGGGUGUCGGACAACGGCCUGCAGAAGGUGGACAUGGAGAACCAGAUCUACGCCAUCCCCGAGGACCUCAUGCGGGGCAGCGGUACCCAGCUGUUCGAUCACAUCGCCGAGUGCCUGGCCAACUUCAUGGAGAAACUCCAGAUCAAGAACAAGAAGCUGCCCCUGGGCUUCACCUUCUCCUUCCCGUGCCACCAGACCAAGCUGGACGAGAGCUUCCUGGUGACGUGGACCAAGGGGUUCAAGUCCAGCGGCGUGGAGGGGAGAGAUGUCGUGGCCCUGCUCCGAGACGCCAUCCGCCGGCGAGGGGACUUCGACAUCGAUAUCGUGGCCGUGGUGAACGACACGGUGGGGACGAUGAUGACCUGCGGCUACGAUGACCACAACUGUGAGAUCGGCCUCAUCGUGGGGACAGGCAGCAACGCGUGCUACAUGGAGGAGCUGCGGCACGUGGAGCUGGUGGAGGGGGACGAGGGACGCAUGUGCAUCAACAUGGAGUGGGGGGCCUUCGGGGACAACGGGGAGCUCGGCGACUUCCGCACCGAGUUUGACCAGGAGAUCGACGCCGCCUCGCUCAACCCCGGAAAGCAGCUGUUUGAGAAGAUGAUCAGCGGGCUGUACCUGGGGGAGCUGGUGCGCCUGGUCCUGGUCCGCAUGGCCAAGGAGGAGCAGCUGUUCGGCGGGAAGCUGACCCCCGAGCUGCUGACCGCCGGCUGCUUGGAGACCAGAGACGUCUCUGCCAUCGAAGGGGAGAAGGACGGGGUGCGGGAAGCCCACGCGGUGCUGAGCCGGCUGGGGCUGGAGCCCACGCAGGAGGACUGCGUGGCCGCCCACCGCGUCUGCCAGAUCGUGACCACGCGCUCGGCCGGCCUCUGCGCCGCCACCCUGGCCGCCGUCCUGCGCCGCCUCAAGGAGAACAAGGGCGAGGAGCGGCUCCGCUCCACCAUCGGCGUGGACGGCUCCGUCUACAAGAAGCACCCGCACUUCGCCCGGCGGCUGCAGAAGACCCUGCGGCGGCUGGUGCCGGACUGCGACGUCCGCUUCAUGCGCUCCGAGGACGGCAGCGGGAAGGGGGCGGCCAUGGUGACGGCGGUGGCCCACCGGCUGGCCGACCAGCAGCGCGCCCGCCAGGAGACCCUGGAGGCCCUCAGGCUGAGCCCCGACCAGCUGCUGGACGUCAAGAGGAGGCUGAGGCUCGAGAUGGACAAGGGCCUGGCCAGUGACACCCACGCCGCCGCCUCCGUCAAGAUGCUGCCGUCCUAUGUCUGCGCCACCCCCGACGGGACAGAGAAAGGAGACUUCCUGGCGCUGGACCUCGGGGGCACCAACUUCCGGGUGCUGCUGGUGCGGGUGCGGGCCGGACUCAGGCGCGGCGUCGAGAUGCACAGCAAGAUCUACUCCAUCCCUCAAGAGAUCACGCAGGGCACGGGAGAUGAGCUGUUUGACCACAUCGUUCACUGCAUCGCCGACUUCCUGGAGUACAUGGGGAUGAAGGGGGUCUCGCUCCCCCUCGGCUUCACCUUCUCCUUCCCCUGCCAUCAGACCAGCCUGGACCAGGGAAUCCUCCUCAAAUGGACGAAGGGCUUCAGGGCCACCGGCUGUGAGGGAGAGGACGUGGUCACGCUGCUGAAGGAUGCCAUUCACCGGCGCGAGGAGUUUGACCUGGAAGUGGUGGCAUCGUGAACGACACCGUGGGGACCAUGAUGGGCCUGCGGCUACGAAGACCCUCGCUGCGAAGUCGGCCUCAUCGUCGGGACAGGCAGCAACGUGUGCUACAUGGAGGAGCUGCGGCACGUGGAGCUGGUGGAGGGGGACGAGGACGCAUGUGCAUCAACAUGGAGUGGGGGGGCCUUCGGCGGACAGCGGGGAGCUGGACCACCUCGCACCGAGUUCGACGUGGCCGUGGACGAGUCCGUCCUCAACGUCGGCCGGCAGAGGUUCGAGAAGAUGAUCAGCGGGCUGUACCUGGGGGUCGUCCGCACGGUCCUCCUCCACUUCACCGAGCGCGGUCUGCUUUUCGCACGCAUCUCCGAGCGCCUGAAGACCCGUGGGAUCUUCGAGACAAGUUCCUGUCGCAGAUCGAGAGCGACGGGCUGGCCCUGUUGCUCCGUGCGAGCCCGUCCUGCAGCACCUGGGCCUGGAGAGCACGUGCAGACCAGCAUCAUCGUGAAGGAGGUGUGCGGCGUGGUGGCCGCCGGGCGGGCCCAGCUCUGCGGGGCCGGGCCGCCGUCGGUGGACAAGAUCCGGGAUAAUCGCCGGCUGGACUUCCUCCAGUCACCUGGGUGUGACGGGACCCUCUUCAAGCUGCAUCCCUCACUUCGCACGAUCAUGUCGGAGACGGUGAAGCAGCUGGCCCCCAAGUGCCAAGUGUCAUUCCUGCCCUCGAGGACGGCAGCCGGCAAGGGGGCUGCCCUCAUCGCGGCCGUGGCCUGCAGGAUCCGCGAAGCCGGCCAGCGCUGACCACCCCCCGC